CGUCUAACGAUCCAGAUCGAUUUGUUAUGGUGACAGUUUACAAAUGGCCGCGAAUAGGUUAUCAAUAUUUGUCUAAUGUAUGAUUAAGAACAAUGGGUAAACAACUGCUACGUAAGCCUCGUGCACCAAAGCCUCUACCACCCCUCCCUGUAACUCCUGCACCUAGCGGACCUGGUGCUGCUUCUAAACUGACAGAAUACUUUGAGUCUAUUGAUUUCCUAGAUGAUGACUUAGCAUAUAGAUCGAGAGAUCCAACCAUUCGGCAUUCACCCACACCUAGUGUAGUUCCUAGUUUGGUAUCACCACCACCGUCAGAAUCAUUUCAAAGAAAAUCUGUGUUUCGAACAUUCACAUAUCCUUCACCACUCAGUCAUAUUUCAUAUGUAAGUAGAGAUGAAAAGAAAUUUGUUUUGGAUCCAUUAUUUCGCGACCAGACAAGUCUUGGAACCUACGUUGAUGGCAAGUCAUUAGUUAAACCAUACAAACCAAGAGGACCUGAUGGUCUGCCAGCACGUCCACCAAGGAGAAAUCCAGAGAUUGCUCAUGCUAUAGACAUAGUGGAUGAUAUCAGGUUUUAUAACCCACCAGCAUUUACUCUAGAAAACUUUAUGGUGGAUGUGGCUGAUGUACGAAACAUUCCAUUACGUAAAGUGCGAGCGUUGGUAUACUCAAAGGAAAAUUAUAAGAAAUUAACUAAAUUGAUUGCAGAGGAAUGUAUUUAUCCACCUACACAAGAUGAAGUUCAUUUACAACAUCUGACACCUGAAAGUCAAGAAAUUCCAGCUGCAGAACCAAGAAUUCCUCAAAGACAGUUACUGAUAGAAAUGGCGGCCAUGAUAAAACAACAUGUUCGAAGUUUAAUGAAUACAGAAGUGAAGUCAGUUAUUCGACCAUUACCUAAAUAUUCUCCAAGUCAUGAAGUUGGAGCAGCACCACAUACAGAAAUUAUCCUGGUAGAAGACGACACAUUGGAGGUUACCAGUCAACAACAACAAGUUAGACAACCAAGUGAGAUAAAACAAAGUAAAAGACAGAAAAUCAUAGAGCAGAUACAGGAGUCAGAACUGCCAGCUACAGAUGCUAUGUUUCACUCUGCUAGGUCCAAAUACUUCCAGGGCUCUGGCAGGAGUCGAUCACCUUUCACUAGCAAUGAGGAGGGGAUGAUAACACCAUCAGAAAUAGCUAUACUAGAUUCUCUUAUACAAGGUGGAAAAGCUCUUAGUUUAAAGGCACAUUUUAUAGCCGAGAUGCCAGAUAUUUCACCAUUGACCAGAAAACUUGUAUAUCUUAACCUGUCCUUCAAUGAUUUUGUGACUUUCCCUACAGCAGUGUUAGAGAUAAGUCAACUAGAGAUAUUAAAGUUAAGGAACAACCCGCUACAUGACUUACCUGCAGAUAUACAUAGACUGAAGAAACUCAGAACUCUUGUUGUAUCAUUCUGUAUGAUACAGUCUCUACCUAUCAGGUUGUUUUCACUACCUAACUUAGACUAUCUGGAUGUCUCCUACAAUAGAAUCACGUUUAUACAGAAUGAAAUCUGUCAUCUAGAGUCAUUAAGAGAGCUUAACGUUGAGGGGAACCAGUUACCUGCCAUGCCGUCUGGUGCCCUGCGACUAGAUCUUGACAGACUUAAUGUGAAAAAUAAUUUUAUGCAUCCAUUAUUCUGGCAUGAAAACACUCAUAAUGAACCACAGAGGUUGAUGGAUCUGGUAUUACUAAACAUAAUGAAAUCUGACCUGGGAAAAUCACCUGGUUUAUUACCAGAAGCUGUACAGAGGAUGGUAGCACAUCGAUCAGAAUGUGAUUGUUGUGGAGGGCCACUGUUUGGCCCUGGACUACGGAUAAUACGACCUGUUACAGAACUAUUUGGUAUCAAGAACUUGCCUUUUAUGUUCAGAUCAUGUUCACCACAGUGUCUGAAAGAUUUCAGGUGUAGCAAAGAUACUUUAUCUGAUAUUUUAUAUGGUAAACACAGUGAUGAGUAGAGUUUUGUAUGAAAAACAGAUUAUGUGAUGAUUAUACAAAGUGCAUUUUGUAAAGUGAAAGUACAAAUUGUGUUUUGUAAAGAAACCAGACUACAUGAUAAACAAAGUGUGUUUUGUAAAUGCAGCAGACUACAGGAUAGGUUUGAUGAAGAAAACAGGCCACAUGGCAAGGACUAGAUUACAAACAACCGUUUAUACAUGCUUAUAAUAACCUGUCAGAAAUAUUUUUAACAAAUUUAUAAUGCAAAAUGUCUUUAUCUGAAGAAAAAUGAAAAUGUUUUUCACAAAUUUACAGCAGUCAUAUUCAUGGAUUAUAUAAACGCAUGUUUAUUCAAUAAAAAUGGCAUUAAUAAAUGUGCAGCAUUAUGAAAUAUUAUAUAAGACAGUGUGUUGUGUAUAACUUAUACCUGGGAACCUGGCUUGUAGAGUGUCACUGUUUCUACAUACAAUUACUGAACUUGACUGGUGUAUUCAUAAAUUGUGUCAGGAGGUGUAGUAAUUGCUAAAAACCUGUAUAUUUUGACAAUUAUUUAUUGUGACAUACUAGUAUUGGUGUCAUUUUUUAUUCACCUAAACUGUUUGUUAUGAAAGCAUUGGAAUGAAAAAAGUUAGAACUAUGAUCAAUUAUACAUGUGCCUUUAGUUAGUGAAUGAUACUAUUGAAACUUGUUUUACAGAAGUAGUUUUGAAAGUAUAAAUUCCAUAGAAACAUAUGUUGUUACUGACACAUUAAACAUUGAAGGAGACUGCAAUUCCCAGCUGAUACAAUUAUUGUUCUCUUUACCUUAUUAUCUAUUUUUAAGCAUUAAGACAUGAUAUUGUUAAACUCCAUACCAAAUU